GUUAGUUAUUUACUUUGUGAAGUCCCAUUACACACUACCGCGAGUUUGUAUCGUGUUUGAUAUUCUCAUCGGUCUGUAGUAAAUAAAGCUCUAAUACACGCAGAGUUGACACGUACAGUAAUGCUUUCUUCAAAGCGACAACGGCAGCCUGAUGAUGGUGAUGAGGACUACGAAAAGGAAGUGUCGGCCAAAAUACGGCGUGGACGUAUAGUAGAAGACCGGAGAAGCCGUCAUUGUCCUUAUCUUGACACCAUAAACAGGAGUGUGCUGGACUUUGACUUUGAGAAGCUCUGCUCCAUCUCCCUGUCCCACAUCAAUGUUUAUGCAUGCCUUAUAUGUGGGAAAUACUUUCAAGGCAGGGGUCUGAAGUCACAUGCUUACACACACAGUGUGCAGUUUACCCAUCAUGUGUUCCUCAAUCUGCACACGCUCAAGUUUUACUGUCUGCCAGACAACUAUGAGAUCAUCGAUUCUUCACUAGAGGACAUCACGUAUGUGCUGAAGCCAACUUUCACCAAACAACACAUCUCGGGUUUGGACAAGCAGGGCAGACUGUACCGAGCCUAUGAUGGUACAACCUAUCUGCCAGGAAUUGUAGGACUAAAUAACAUCAAGGCUAAUGACUAUGCGAAUGUGGUGUUACAGGCUUUUUCCAACGUUCCACCCCUGCGAAACUACUUUCUGGAGGAAGAAAAUUACAGAGGAAUCCGCAGGCCACCAGGGGACAUCAUGUUCCUUUUGGUGCAGAGGUUUGGGGAAUUGAUGCGCAAACUCUGGAAUCCAAGAAACUUCAAGGCCCACGUAUCUCCUCACGAGAUGCUGCAGGCUGUGGUAUUGUGCAGCAAGAAGAACUUCCAGAUUACAAAGCAGGGCGAUGCUGUGGACUUCAUGACGUGGUUCUUGAAUGCUCUACACGGUGCUCUGGGAGGCAACAAGAAAAAGUCAUCAAUCAUUACCAAAGCAUUUCAAGGUUCCAUGCGCAUCUUCUCGAAGAAACUUCCACACCCAGAUUUACCACCAGAAGAGAAAGAAGCACUGAUCCUGACAGAGGAGUACCAAGAGCAGAUGUCUGAGUCCACCUUCCUGUUCCUGACCCUUGACCUCCCAACAGCACCACUGUACAAGGAUGAGAAAGAGCAGCUCAUCAUCCCCCAGGUUCCUCUCUUCAACAUUCUGGCCAAGUUCAAUGGCAGCACAGAGAAGGAAUACAAAACGUACAAAGAGAAUUUUCUGAAAAGGUUCCAGUUGAUGAAACUGCCACCGUACCUCAUCUUUUGCAUCAAAAGAUUCACCAAGAACAACUUCUUUGUGGAAAAGAACCCCACAAUUGUCAAUUUCCCUAUCACGUAAGUGCACCUCCGUGU